AUGAUCGUCAAGGGUCUUUUCCUUGCCACUCUUCUCCUCGUCUCCGUUUACGCUGAAGAGGCUGAGGUGUCCACUGAGGCUCCAAAAGAGGAGGUGAGCACAUCAGCGGUGGUGAGAGCAAAGAGACAAUGCGGAUGCUCGGGAUGUAGCUCGUGUGGAUCGCAGCAGACACAGUGUGUGCCAGUUUGUGUCCAGCAGUGUCAACAGGCGUGUGGAUGUCAGCAAUGCCAAUGCAGCAAUCAGUGUCAAUCGAGUUGCCAGCAACAAUGUGGAAUUGCUAUCGCUAUCCCUGCUCAACAAUCAUGCAAUCAAUGCCAAUCGUCAUGCUCAAACUCGUGUGGUUCAAACACGAUCUGUCUCCAAACAUGUCAACAGAACUCUUGCCCACAAUGUUGCCCACAAAAUAAUUGCCAGCAAUCACAACCGAUCAUUGUUGUCCAACAACCCCAACAACAACAAUGCCAAUCUCCUUGCUGUAACUCGUGCCAAUCCGCCUGUCAGAGUCAGUGCGCUACCCCGGUUUGUGUCCAAGGAUGUCAAUCAGCUUGCAAUUCGCAAUGCUCGUCUUCUCAACAACCGAUUGUCAUCGUUGUCCCUAACAACAAUCAAUGCUCAUCCUCUUGCUCAAACUCGUGCCAACAACAAUGCCCGACACCAGUCUGCGUUCAAACUUGUCAAUCUCAAUGCAACAACGUUUCCGAUCAUCGUCCUCCAACAACAACAGCAGAACUCUUGUCAAAAUACAUGCCAAAAUCAGUGUAUGAAUUCAUGCACAAGCUCACAAACCGUUCUCCAAUGUCAACCGAUUUGCGCUCAAACUUGUCAACAAACUUGCCAACAAGCGCAACAAAUUGUGAUUCCAUGCACAUCGUCGGGAUCAUCGUGCUCGUGCUCGUCCGGCUACCAGGCUUGCGGCGGAUCUUGCUGCCGGGUUUAAGUGUUUCUCAUCAUCGACAACAGCAAGCUUUGCUCAAGAAUCAGCUCAACACAAUUCUUUCCUCAAAUCUCACCAUUUCACCAAUGCAAUUGCCGAUGAGC